GUGUUUUUUUUUUCCUUUCUUUCUUUCUUUCUUUCUUUCUUUCUUUUCCCCACGCACAUUGCAUGGUGUUUUUGUGGAGCCGGUGGCGUUUGGGAGUGUUUGCGAGAUAGAUUUGGUUGGCUGUAUUCGAACGGGUGCUUUGCGUUCAUUGUUGGUCGGUGCAGUGCUGGAGCCUUCUCAAAAGGCUGAACACGUCGUCGUCAUCUUGGUGGAUUGGCUAUCGUGGUGUCCUUCUUUGAUACAUCCGCUUGCUUUUUUGGGAGAAAGAUAUGUGAGUGGACUUGGACUCGUGUCUGAAGAGGAGCUAGCGAGGCUCGCCGCCCAGAUCUGUGCCUGCCUGGAUUGUUGAGUGAGCGCGGUUUGGGAGCUGUGAGAUUUGGCGGUGGUGAGUAGGUGCGGAAGUGAGUGUUCUGUGCCAAAUACGCUGAACAGGUCCUUGUGAAAGGGGUCAACACAUUUGGAUUGGUAGAACAUCGUAUACGGCAGCGGAUGAUUGUAUUGGUAGUGUGAAGUGUGCGCACCAGCAGAUACUUGGAGAUUGGAGAUCAGGAUGGAGUUUCCCAUUGAGAGAAUGAAGCUGAGAGUAGCGGUGUGUCGCAGUUUCAGUGCUCGCUGAAAGCAUCCCCCAGAAUCGCAGGAAACCUCAGAUCGGUCCGAAUCGCUUCGUUCCUCGUGACUUUUUCCGUAGCAGCGUGUCCAUCUGUCCCCCGAUUUACAGAGCAUCUUGUCGUUUAAGUUUCUCGUUGCUAGCGAUCACUAUGUUUGCUGAGAUCGUCUGCCCAACAGAUUGGGGUAGAGCGUAGUUUCGUGCUUCGAGUUGUGCGUCACAUCCCGGUUCUCGUUUGACCAAGGUUGGGAUGUUGUGGAAGAUUUUCUUACAACGCUGUAGGAACAGACCUGUUAAUUUUGGUUCAUUUGGGCCCCCAAUGUGUACAACAUCCUCGACGCAUUAGCCCAGUCCUUCUCUUCUGUGGAUUGUUAUCCCCUCUGAGUACUCUCGAGUGUUGUCUAUGGAGCGGAGCUUUCGCAGGUUGCAAAAUUACUAUACAGCUUCUCUGGAGUUCUAUCCUUGGGUGAUGCUAGAAUCUGCACAGACUGGCGUUUUUUUCCCAUCAGAUCCGAAGACAAGUCUCUCUUCCACGCUUGAAAUCCAGCUGGUUCUAAGUCUCACAACUUCGAGUGCCUCUGGAAAAGAGAUCUAUCAUUCCGGAAUCAUCUGAGUUUCCUGACUUGAGCAAUUGGAUGCUUCGCGCAAGAAUUUGGUUUAGAAUGUCGGAACUUACCUAUCGUGAAUAGGUGAAUCGUCAUUAGUAUGAAUUCUGGAACAAUUAUGUCUCCUUCUGGAAAGAGAAGCAAUCACUUAGAGAAACGUGCCCGCUGUUUCAAGUGAGUUACUGUGGCUUGCGCGCUCAAGUGGUGCAGCGAGCGGUUAGAAUUGGCGCUGGAGGAAGAGAUCAUAUCUCUCCUGCAGAACAUCCCACAUACUGAGAGCUUCGUCAAGACACACUACACUAAUUUGCGUAUACUACGACCUUGUCCACCGAGUUGCUCUCCUUAAAAUACUGUGUAAUCCACGGGAGGACUGGAGAAGCUCUUAACACCAAGUCAGAAACCUUUGAGUUGCCUGCGUAAGAGGCUGUCCGCAGCUACAAGGAUAUUGCGAUCUGGAGGGAAGAUGACUAUUAAUCCCGGAACGCUUGUAACCCGGAAUUCGCCGACUGCUGUAACCACCAAAUCGAGUGCCAAAGGGAUGGAUGUGGUUAUGAUGAACGAUUUUGAUCAGCGUCACCUGGCGAACAAGAGCAGGUCUCACAGUCCUUACGGUCACAUCGGGAGUCCAACUACGCCCCUGAACUUCGACCAUCUCUUCCUCCAGAGCCAGGUUCCGUUGAACAGUGACUUGUCCCACCAGAUCAUGUUGCAAGCGCAGCUGCUGAACAACAUGAGAAGCACAGGUAUGGGUCCCAAGCCGAAACAGCAGUCCCAGCAGCCGCUUGCCACGCUCGACCAGUUGAGACACGCUUACAACAGAGGUGACCAAGAUCAGGGUUACGGUGUGGGCGAGCAGGAGCAGGCCGAAUGGAGUCCUCGAUUAUUCUCAGCCGCUGCCGCUCAACAACAACAACACCAACAUCAGCAAACGCAGGACCAGGUUAUGAGAGAAGAACUGCCCAAUGAGCCAUCUUCGAUUGCACUGGUGAAUAAGUUUGCACAGUAUGAGCGGUACAGAGCUGAGAUCCAGAAGUCUUCUAGUCAACCGCCCCAAAUGCAAUCGCAGAUGUAUCCCUUGGCAUGGCCAGUGGCUGCUCAGCAGCAGAGCAUUUCGAUGGCGCAAUCUUCUGUAGCACCUCCGGUGUCUUCAGCCGUAUAUUCUGAUUCACGGCAUUCUGCCUACUCGAAUGGGCGAUUCUAUCCCUACCAGAAUCAACAUCACCAUCAGCAGCCCCAAUACCAGCAUGUGAGUAUGGAGGAGGCUCCGGAGCAAUUUUACGGCUCCAAGACAGAGGCGAACUGGCAGGCUAGUCAGGAUGGCAGGGCGAAUAUUGGCGGUGCAGGGUGGAGUGUGGGCAAUGCUGCGGCUCCAAGCUACGAAGUUGGGACCAAUUCGCCUCGCUUUUACAUGUCGCAGCCAUUUCAACAACCACAACCGGUGGCAUUUCAGCCUCAACAGCCGAAGAUGGUGAGUUAUCAGCAACCCAUGCAGCAGCAUCAGCGGGUGGCAGAGUUUGUGGUGCCGCAGGCGCAACCAUUCAGCGGCUUUGAGCUAAAUGGAGUACCUGCCUCUGAGAUGGGAAUGUCAGGCCCCGCGAUGGUUUCAUCGAGAUGUGAUAAGACGGGCGGGCAGUCUGUGGAGAUCAUGAACGUAGCUGAGCAUCACGGCGAUGACUCGGAAAAAACCGUGGACAACUUUUCCGGGCGGCUUUCCUCUCUGAUUUGUCGAACAUCUGGUGGAUCUGUACCAAGUUCCCAGAUUACAUUCAGUAACAACUUUCACAUGUUGCCUCAGAGCUCGAAGUCAGCUUUCAGUACAUUCACGCGGCCAAGCUCUAACUUAAACCCCGCAACGGAGGUCGAGUUCGUGACGAGAAGUUUGCUGUUCAACGACACGUAUAAGUCUAGCGAAGGCGACUAUGAAAUGAUGCACGAAGAUGUCGAUACGGAGCUUCGGUUGUGAUCGAGUGUGUUGGGAUUUGGUGGUAGUUUACAACUUGUGUAGCGAAUUCGGGAAAAAGGUCAAUCUGAGAGCUGGUUUGUUCCAGGAUGGAGACUUGAAAGAGCUCCUCUGCGAUGGUGUUUGUGAUGGCUUUAGAGAUACUCCGACCGUAGGGGGUUGGGCACCUGUGAAAGUACAAGGAGAUGCGUGUACUGGAGGUGUAUCAGUUUUUGGUGUGAGGAUUGGAAAACCAUGGCUCGUGAGCGUUUAUUUUUUUAUUUUAUUUUAUUUUAUUCUAGUGGUGUCCUUACUGCCGUUCCAUUUAAGUGGAAAGAGCAGAUAAAGGGAGUUUAAACCAGCUACUGAUCAAGAGCGAAGAGGAUCUCAUGUGUACAUAACGCUGUAUAUGCUGUCAGCAAUUUCUGUAUGCUUUGCCAUUGUGCUAACCACUUCGGGUGAGGUUUGACUCACCUUCAGAAGUUUGAAAACA